GGGCUCUGACAAUAGGGCGGUGUUAAGGUCAUGUGAUCGCUCAGCUGGCAGAUGUAAAAAGUGUGUUCAGUGUUAAUAAAAUUACAAUAUGUCGAACCCGCUACCAAAGAACACGUUUUGCAAAGUAUAAAGGACGAAACAGACAGCUGCAGGAGUUUGAAUGCAUACGUGGGCUCAGUUUUGAGGCAUUUCAAUAGAACAUUUUUCUUUAUCACCCAUGGAAAACUUAACUGGAAAUGCAUUUUCAAGGAGUUAUACCCAGCCGAACGUCAUUCAUCCCCGGGCAAGCUAGAAUAACUCGGAAUCACAGUGCAGGGUUGACCCACAGCCAAGGUAAUCCACAUUGCUAUCUGCAGACACAUGUCCUCCAUCCUACACUUCACCAGACCAGAAGUGGUAACGAGCCUUCUCAUCUGCACAGGCAAAUCGCAUCUCCAGCUGCUCACCAACAAGCCAGAAGUUGCUAUGACAGUCCUCAGGUGCAGACACAUAUACUUGUCCCUGCAGUCCACCAAACCAGCUGUGGUACUGGGAACCCUCCAGAGCAGAGGCGAUUCUUAGCUCCUGGUGUCCAGCAAAGCCGCCAUCAGAACUCGUUUAUGCGGAUGCACACCUUAACUCCUGUGCAGACACAAGUCGUAACUCCAACUGUUCACCAAAGCAAGCCUUCUCAAUUGCAGAGACAAAUCUUAGCUCCAGCCACACACCAAGGCAGCCAAGCUUAUACUGCAGCAUCAAAUAUCCAAGGUAGAGCAAGAACCCAGCCGCCUGUCUACAUUCCAGAUCACAGAUCUUGCAACCAGACCGACAUGGCGUACAGGUCAUAUAUGCAGAAUGAUCCAGGGCAGGGCCAGUUGCCUAUGACUUGGAGCACUGGGCUCCCUGUGUCUAGCAUGCAUACACUAAUGAAUUGUGGCUGCCUACAGUGUGUUGCCUUAAGGCCUCCAGCAACUUGUAACUACGACUGCAACAACAUUGCUCUUCCCAGGCCAGUUGCAUGGAUUCCCAUUGAAGGCCCAGGGUCUUGCAGCUUCCCAUUUCCAUAUGGAGCGCAUACAGAGGCAGGCCUGUCCCGAUCUGUGCCUCUUCACUGUCCCUGGUCUUAUCCUCCACCAACGGUACCCCAGCUGAGGCCUGCUGGGGUAAGCAGAGUUGUGAGACAUGAGCCCAGGGCUCCUUCAAGACAAGCCCAGUGCUGCUUUGAAUCUGCUCGGAGGCCAGUGGUAAAAGAGGAUCCGUUGCUUGCUCCAAACCUACAAGGCUUACACGAUGCGAAACGUGCGUCUAGAGCUGGGAGAAGUGGUGACGUGACGUCUGCUAAACGAUUACCUGACACCCCGCAGGAGAAAAACAAAAGGAUUAAGAGACUCUCAACUGCUUCCUUGCUUCCUAAAACCAGCUAUUCUCCAGAGCUGUGCCACACCCAAUGUAAGGUAUGUGCUGAACCCAAACCACUGACAACCACAGGGCAGUCUUCUGAUAAUCCAGGUGAAAGCACUUUCAAGAGCUUGGAUAGUGUCAAGCGUAAGGCAGCAUCCAAAAGCAAUCAGGUUGCUGGUGGCCCUUAUCAGGUUUCACCUGACAAAAAGAUUAAGAUUAGGAGCCCCUUAGCUCAAGUGAUAGAACAUGAAACCAUUGAAGUCGAUUAUCAACAGUCACUCCACAAGACUAGUGAUGGGCCCAAAGCACUACCUACCACACCUGAACUGUCCCCCAGCUCCAUCACUGAUUCUUUAAGAGCAGGCACGCUACCCUCUUUGCAAGACUCUGGUUUAGAAGUGGAGGUGACGGACAACUCUUCGGAUGAGGAUCCGCCUGGAUUCGUGGAUAAAGUUGGCAGUGAGCUUUGCUGGCUGCUGCCCCGCUGUCCCCUCCCUCCACAGGGUCUGUCGGGCCCCUACACGUGCUCUGCCUGUCUGGCGACGUUCCGCUCUAUGGCCUCUCUGGUGUUUCACAUUCGGUACGGCAGAAUGAAGAACGGCUUCAGCUGCCUGAUGCUUAUAAGGAAGAGCCAAAGACCCAAACCAAAGCCCACCCUGAUCACAUAUUUGAGGAAGAAGAUCCGCCUUUUUAAGAGAAUGCUGAAGAACAAGCAGAAACUCAGAUGGGACAUUUGAGAACUUUUAAAAAAUAAAACAGAUAUUUAAAUACUACCCGUAAUUGAAGGUGUUUUUAGGUCAAAUAUUCCUUUUCCAAAGAGUUUAAACAAAUACCUCAGCACAUCCAUACUACAUUGAUGAAAUAGUGAAUUCCCUGGGACCUAAAAUGACAUGGUAUAGUCCUGUUUCCUAAUAAACUAUACUGCUUUUUCUCUUUUUAGAAUCAGUAGGUUGCAACUGCCACCUUACCGAGUAAUAGUAUGUUUGGAACAGAUAAUGCACAGCACUUUUUUUUUUUUUUAUAAAGAUAGUAAUAGAUUGCAUUGUUUAAAAUAUAAAUCUCUAGUAACAUUACAAAAACAGUAAGAUUCUUCUCGUGUCAUUUGAAACUGCAAAGUAAAACAAAUAAGAACAUAAGAACAUAAGAAAGUUUACAAACGAGAGGAAGCCAUUCAGCCAAACUUGCUCGUUUGGUUGUUAGUAGCUUAUUGAUCCCAGAAUCUCAUCAAGCAGCUUCUUGAAGGAUCCCAGGGUGUCAGCUUCAACAUUACUGGGGAGUUGGUUCCAAACCCGGGAUAAUUCUGGUUGCUCUUCUUUGCACUCUUUCUAGAGCAGCAAUAUCCUUUUUGUAACGAGGUGACCAGAACUGAACACAAUAUUCUAGGCAAGGUCUUACUAAUGCAUUGUAAAGUUUUAACAUUACUUCCCUUGAUUUAAAUUCAACACUUCUCACAAUAUAUCCGAGCAUCUUGCUGGCCUUUUUUAUAGCUUCCCCACAUUGUCUAGAUGAAGACAUUUCUGAGUCAACAUAAACUCCUAGGUCU